CGGCCGGGGCCCUGAGCUUGCGAACCACCCCCCGGCCACGGCCGCAGGCUAUUUUCCCCCCCGUAGUGUGACAUCGGAGUUAUCAGUGAAAGCACCUAGAGUACAUUGAAAUGACAGCUCAAACCUCUGAAGCUGUCAUGUCAACUCAUCUAAGUCUCCAUAAAGAGUAUUUGCAAGCCUGCCAAGAGUCAAGCCAGCCAGAAAACCCUUUCAUUGCCCACAUGCUUGAAGAAGCUGAGAAAGCAGAUAUAACAUUGACAAAAGGGAUCACAUUAAAAAUAGCUGGAAAUAACCGCUUGGUGCCAGUACAGAAAGUUACAGAUGAGGAUUUUCGAAUGCUUGCCUGCAUCAUAAGCAAUAACACAUUUGUUACAGGGCUGGACCUUAGAUAUAAUGUAUUAACUGAUGUUGGAGCAGAGCAUGCUGCAAAAUUCCUUCAGGAAAACUCAACCCUGUGCUACCUCAAUCUGAUGUUUAAUGAUAUUGGCGCCAGUGGAGCAGAACUGAUAGCUAAAGCAUUGCAUAGGAAUGAAACGCUCCUACACCUGAGAAUGACUGGCAACAAAAUUGAAAACAAAGGGGGGAUGUACUUUGCUUCAAUGCUGCAAAUUAAUUCGACCUUAGAGAAGUUAGAUCUUGGAGACUGUGAUCUGGGUACACAAAGUCUAAUAGCAAUAGCAACAGUUAUGAGCCAUAACAAAGCGAUGAAAGCACUAAACCUAAACCGUCCUAUACUGUACAGCCAAGAGGAAGAGACCACAGUUCACACAGCUCUAAUGAUGAAAAAUAACUCUUGUCUUAUGGAACUGCAUUUGUGCAAACAUGAAAUGAAGAACUUUGGUGUGGAGCGUCUGUGUCAUGCAUUGUAUGAAAACUGCAGCCUGCGAUAUCUUGACCUCAGUUGUAAUAAAAUAACUCGUGAUGGUGUGAAAUUUUUGGGAGAACUGCUGAAACGGAACCAAACUCUGGAAAUCCUAGAUCUUAAUUCAAACAGGAUAGAAGAUGAUGGAGCCAUCUAUCUGAGUGAAGCCCUGGCUUUGUACAACAGGACUCUUCAAGCGUUAGCAAUAGUGAGCAACAAUAUAAGUGGAAAAGGACUUGUUGCUCUUUCGGAUUCAAUGAAAACAAACAUGGUGCUUUCCUACAUUUAUAUUUGGGGAAACAAAUUUGAUGAGGCCACCUGUGUCGCAUUUUCAGACUUAAUUAAAACUGGCCGCUUGAAACCAAAUUGUACAGACGUGGAUCCGUAUGAAGUGGAUGGGCAUGUAUAUCUUGCAGAACUCUCUCAUGGCCUUAAAAGGCAUUACUAUUGGACACCAAGUUAUGGGGCGGUUGAUAACAAAGAUGCUAAUGCCAGUCUUGCAAUAGGAGCAGUUGCAGAACAUUUGUGAACAAGGGUGAAUAGCCCCUUUAAGAGGAAAUGGAUCCAGUUCACCUGUGACUAGUUACCUGCCUCCCAACAGGGCCUGACAGAAGGUACCUUGCCUCUAUAAAUACCAUGGCAGCAGUUCAGAAAAGGGAGCACGUCAGAGUUACUUGGAGAAUGCUACAUAAGACAGUGAUAAUUGGGAGUAUCUUGUGAAGAGAAAGAAAUGUAGAAAACUGUUGGGAGAGUGAAGUAGAUGGGAGCUGUUGGAAAGAACUGGCCAGAUGAAGAAACUCUGAGAAAUAGAGGACUCAUAUAGAAGCCUCAAGGUAAAGGGGAAGAACUAGCUCAGAGUAGGCCAAGCCCAUGAACUAGACAACUGAUUCUAGAGGGAGGUUCCCAUAAGAAGGGUAGGACUUGCAAGCAAAGGAGCCUGGGAAAUGAAACAAUAGUUAUGUGGCAGAGAUGUGGCAGCCUGGGCAUAGGAAUUGGAGAAGAGGGACUGUUUACUCUUGUGUGGGCAGCCAGGAGUGUGGACCCGGAGGAUUGCUGCAUUUCAACCUGCCUUAUUUUGAGGUUUUUGAGAACUGUAUUACUCAGAGGGACUUGCUAGAGGUUGAAAUUCUAUUAAUAAGUUAGACCUUUUAAGAAGAGCUUCAUUUAGACCUAGAAGGAUGACAGUCCUUUCCUGGGUGGGGAAAGGUGACCUUCAGGGUGAUCCAUGGAGGAAAAGAUGGUCAACUCACUCAACCCUGGAGAUUGUAGGAGAAAUUGAGGGAGGACUAGCCCUGACCCAUCAUGGUUGAUUACAGGAGGGUGCUCUGGUGGUGGUGAGCCCUGUUACAUCUUCUCUCAAAUGCUGGUAUUUGCCCCUCUUAUGCAGCUAGGUCUGUCUAUGUAUAUGAGGAAAAAUGGGCUCCUGUACAACGAACAUUACUGUGGGGGUUAUCCUUCUCCUCCCAGAAAUUAAGUAGGAUGGAUCUUUUUAAUCUCAAUCCAGAGAGUCAUAGUCACAAAUACAAAAACUCCUACCAGCAAGUCAUUUAACCAAAUAUAGUUUGGAGAAGAUUUAUAUAGACACUUUGGAAAGUUGAUUCUAGUUACUACCUUGACAAAGUAGUUAGAUGUGUGAAAAACAGACACUCUAAAUGGCUUCUGGAUGGCUUACACAAACUAAAUUCGUAAUUGUUUUUAUAUUUAUAAUAGAGCGAUCAGGGUCACCAUGGUGAGUCUGGCAUGCACAUAAAGGCUUUGGUAUAGAAAUUGAGUGG